AUGUAGUUAGGAAAUAAUACAAUCGAGACAAACGAAGAAAUAGAAUACUUGUAAAACGAUAUUUUUCCAACUCUACAUACAGCAUUAGCUAAAUUAGUAGAAUACAUAGGUAAGACAGAAGAAGUAAAUAAACAUAAGGAGAGGUUGAAAUAAAUAAAGGUUUUUGAUAAACUUGAAAAGAAAAGAGUGGAAAAAAAUCGAUUAAAAAAAGAGUUAGGAUCAGAUUAUGGAAGUGAUUCAGAAGUAUAAGUAGAAAAUCAAGAGAAUAAUUUCAUGAACAUUUCAUAGACUGGAUAACAAUUAGAAUAAUUCAUUCCUGUCUAAAAUGAAUUCUAAUAGCAAUCAGUAAGUUCAAUUGAUGAAUUUGCAAUGUAGGAUAUUAAGAAGGAGAUUAAUCAUUUAUUAGUAUAGAUUUAAGAAGAUUAAGAAGAGGAAGAGGCUCCUGAAAAACAUGAAUUAGAGAAAUUAAAACUGUAAUUAAAGUUACAAAGAGAAGCAAUGGAUUUCAAUCCCUUAAUAUAUUUGGCAUCUAUAUUAAGGCAAUUAGCCAAUUGA